CAUUCUCCUCUAUAUCCUCUUAGUUGAAUGACAAAAGUGGGCAGUUCAAGAUUUCAUAUUUGCCCUCACUGUCUCAAACUCUCUCUUUUCUUCCUCGCCUUUGCAGCCGGUCGGACGUACGCGUCCCAUACCUGCAUAGAGUUCCCAGUAUUCUUGGGUACAGUAUUGAACGUCGCAAUAUCCCGCGCGCACUGCACCAAGUGAGGGAGCCGAUGCCGAAAAGACUUCCCAUCCUUUCAACCGCCAAAAUAUUAGAAAAUCCAGGAUUGGACAACCAUUAAUCGAAAUGUUUGUCGAAAUAAUGCGACCAGUAAGGUUCCUCCCCCUUCUGUGCACAGUUUGCCACCUGACCAUGGCUUUCCCCGCCCAAACAGGAUACUCAGAAGAUGACAAGCGUCAACUCCAGGUCACCAUCUCCAAGACAACCCCCAUCUUCACUGCACACCUGGGGAGCUCCAUCACAAUCACCUGCCUGGUGUCCCUGUCACCUGGGCCCCCCUCAUCCUCCUCGCCCCCGAUCCCACCCCGGGUCAAGUGGAGCGUGUUGCAUGAGGGGGAGCAGGAGGAGACAGAGAUCCUGGUGGCGCGGGGUCAAAGGGUGAAGGUCAAUGAGGCCUACAGAGAACGAGCCUCCCUGGUCAACUUUGCAAACUCGCCUGAGGACCUCUCCCUCUGGUUGGGGGAGCUGCGCUCAAGCGACACGGGGCACUACCGCUGUGAGGUGCAGCAAGGCCUGGAUGAUGCCAGUGAUUUCACACAGAUAAAAGUCAAAGGUGUGGUCUUCCACUACAGACACGCCUCUGGCCGAUAUGCGUUUUCGUUCAGUGAGGCCCAGAGGUCGUGCGAGGGCAUUGGGGCACACAUCGCCACUCCCGACCAGCUUCUGGCAGCCUAUUACGAUGGCUAUGAGCAGUGUGACGCCGGCUGGCUCGCUGACCAAUCUGUCAGAUAUCCAAUCCAAGUUCCCCGGGAAGGUUGCUAUGGUGACAUGGAUGGCCGCCCGGGAUUGAGGAACUAUGGGACGCUGGAAUCAGAGGAGCUGUUUGAUGUGUAUUGUUAUGUGGAGCAUAUUGAUGGGGAGGUGUUCCAUGGCUCUGCCCCUCAGCAGCUGUCAUUGGACGAGGCUCGGGCUUACUGCGAGAAGGAAGGGGCAGAGCUGGCUACCACAGGGCAGCUGUACGUGGCGUGGAGCAAGGGUUUGGACAGCUGCAACCCUGGCUGGCUGUCUGAUGGCAGUGUGCGGUACCCCAUCAUCAUCCCUAGGGAGCGCUGUGGAGGGCCUCAGGCAGGGGUCAAGACCCUGUAUCGCUACAGCAACCAGACAGGCUUCCCUGAAUCCUCCAGCCGCCAUGAUGUUUACUGUUUCAGAGGUGUUGGGAAUCCUCACACUGAUGCCCCCAUGGACUACAUGGCCACUGAGCCAGAGGACAUCGGACAAGAUAUUGUCGUUCUUAUGGAGCCUGCUGAGGAGCUCUAUCUCAGCCAGGAUAGCAAGCAAGUGGAGCGAGAGGCCCAGAGUGUCCUGGGAUCCCUCCCCGUCUUCCAGUCGGCUCCUGCUCAGGAGGAUCUGCAGGGGACUCCCCCUACUGCCCUGUCAAGCACAGAGGUCCCUCUCACCCAUACAGCCUCUUCCCAUGACCUUCUCCAGCACUUUGAUGAUACUUCACUUCCUGUAGAGGAAAACUACCACUCCCAGCAUGCUACUUCACUACCCAACACCUCCAGUGAGCCAGACUCCCUCCACGAAGGAGACUAUCACUCCCAGCAUUCUACUUCACUACCCAGCACCUCCAGUGAGCCAGAAUCUCUCCACGAAAGAGACUAUCACUCCCAGAAUUCUAGUUCCAUACCCAGCACCUCCACGAAGCCAGACUCCCUCCACGAAGGAGAUUAUCACUCCCAGAAUUCUAUUUACAUACCCAGCACCUCCAGUGUGCCAGACUCCCUCAACGAAAGAGACUAUCACUCCCAUAAUUCUAGUUCACUACCCAGCACCUCCAGUAAGCCACACUCCCUCCACAAAGGAGACAAUCACUCCCAGAAUUCUACUUCACUACCUAACACCUCCAGUGAGCCAGACUCCCUCCACGAAGGAGAUUAUCACUCCCAGAAUUCUAUUUACAUACCAAGCACCUCCAGUGUGCCAGACUCCCUCCACGAAAGAGACUAUCACUCCCAGAAUUCUAGUUCACUACCCAGCACCUCCAGUAAGCCACACUCCCUCCACGAAGGAGACUAUCACUCCCAGAAUUCUACUUCACUACCCAGCACCUCCAGUGAGCCAGUCUCCCUCCACGAAGGAGACAAUUACUCCCAGAAUUCUACUUCACUACCUAACACCUCCAGUGAGCCAGACUCCCUCCACGAAGGAGACUAUCACUCCCAGAAUUCUACUUCACUACCCAGCACCUCCAGUGAGCCAGACUCCCUCCACGAAGGAGACUAUCACUCACACAAUUCUACUUCACUACCCAGCACCUCCAGUGAGCCAGACUCCCUCCACGAAGGAGACUAUCACUCCCAGAAUUCUACUUCACUACCCAGCACCUCCAGUGAGCCAGUCUCCUUCCACGAAGGAGACAAUCACUCCCAGAAUUCUACUUCACUACCCCACACCUCCAGUGAGCCAGACUCCCUCCACGAAGGAGACUAUCACUCCCUGAAUUCUACUUCACUACCCAGCACCUCCAGUGAGCAAGACUCCCUCCACGAAGGAGACUAUCACUCACACAAUUCUACUUCACUACCCCACACCUCCAGUGAGCCAGACUCCCUUCACGAAGGAGACGAUCACUCACAAAAUUAUACUUCACUACCUAACACCUCCAGUGAGCCAGACUCCCUCCACGAAGGAGACUAUCACUCCCAGAAUUCUACUUCACUACCCAGCACCUCCAGUGAGCCAGACUCCCUCCAAGAAGGAGACUAUCACUCACACAAUUCUACUUCACUACCCAGCACCUCCAGUGAGCCAGACUCCCUCCAAGAAGGAGACUAUCACUCACAAAAUUCUACUUCACUACCCAACACCUCCAGUGAGCCAGACUCCCUCCACGAAGGAGACGAUCACUCACAAAAUUCUACUUCACUACCCAGAACCUCUAGUGUUCUAGACUCUCUCCACGAAGGCAAUUCCAGUCUCUACCAGCUAGUGCUGGGAACAACCCCAGAAUUCCCUGAGCCAUCCUACGAGCCCCACAGACAUUAUCAGCCGAUGCCAGAGAUGAACCCGGAGGAAACAGACUACCAACAGUCAGGAUCUUCCAAGCACUUCCAGCCAAUGCCAGAGACCAAUCUCGAGUUGGAUCAAGUGGAAGCCAACUACAGCACAACAGGAGGUAACCAGAGUCAUCGGGAGAAUACAAAAGAGACUACCACAAUGGCCUUUGAACCCAUAGAGAAUGCUACCGAGGCACGUGACCAUGCCGCAGAGAGAAGACACAAAGAGGUGAUUGUGGGAGAGCCUGAGGAGACAUCCAUCUCUACCAAGUCCCCGGGAGAGCUUGAUCCCCGCCCAGCAUGGUCUACCCUCUCCCCCCACGCAAAGGCAACCUCAGUGUGGUCGCCCCUGGAUGGAUCUGGAGAUGUGUCCCAAGAGAUAGAACUAGUUGUCCACCAGGGAAUCCACACAGACAGAUUCCCCACCUCCUCCUCCUCUUCAUCCUCCUCCUCCUCCUCCUUCACCACUCACAUGUCUGCCUCCCCUGGAGCCACCAGCAUUCCCAGUGAGGGGCAGACAGGAGUUACGCAUUCAAGCAGCAUCUUAUCUGGACUGGAUCAUUCGGAGGAGCUAGGACUGGAUGUGUACUCCACAGUAGGCCAUCCAAAAGUAACCUCGCAGGGAACUUCCUCCGCUAGGCUGGAGGGCAGCACCAGUCUAGAUUUUGAGGGUAUCGUCAUUCCAGAGAGAUUGGUACCUUCUAGAGAAGUAGAGCUGGCACCAGGGGAGUCUGAUGAGGAGCACCUGGGGUCUGGAGAGGGCAUAGCCACUACCGAGUCUCCAGACCUCUCCACCACCUCCCAGCUGCCGGUCGAGUUUACCACUCUGGGCUAUCAAACAACGACCAUGUCCAGAAUAGAGAUGGAUCCCACAACCACGGACCCUGAAGAAGACGGAAGUGGACAUGAGCCAAGCACUGAUGAACCAUCCCUGGGAGAAAAAGUGACUGUCUUCCCCCUUGAGUCGCAAACAUCCAGCUGGGAUCUGCACCGCACCACCUCUGCACCCCAAGAGUCUCAGGAAGACCUUGAAUACAGCGGGGAACCCCUUUCCACCUCUUCCCAGACAGAUCUUCCAGACUCCUCAGAAGAACCUGAUCUGUUUGGGUCAGACUCCCUGUCCAUCUCAAGUAUGGAUCCCACCGCAGCCACCAUGUCCACAUCCACCAUGUACACCUCCACAGAGUGGGCCACACGGACCUGGAGCCCCACCACCUCCACGACACAAGGUCCCCCAGAAACAUCUGAGCCGGAGAGGGUGACGGCUCUUAUGCCCCCCGUGGAUCAGGGCCGGUUGGAUCUGGAAUUCGGCCUCACCCAGCCACCCACCUUGCUCAUGUUGCCCAAUGAGAGGGCUGCCGUGGGCAGUGCCAGGAAGAUUUCAGAUGCCUGUCUGGAGGACCCCUGUGCCAACGGCGGCACCUGCGCUGAGAUGGCCGGGAGCACCAAGUGCCUCUGUUUGCCCAGCUAUGGAGGUGACCUCUGUCAGACAGAUCUGGAGCAGUGUGAGGUGGGCUGGCAGAAGUUCCACGGGAACUGCUACAAGCACUUCAACCAGCGGCUGAGCUGGGAGGUGGCAGAGCAGCACUGUCGCAUGGUGGGGGGCCACCUGGCAUCAAUCAUGACACCCGAAGAGAAGGACUUCAUUAACAAUAACUUUAAGGAGUAUCAGUGGACUGGACUAAACGACAAGACCAUCGAGGGGGAUUUCCACUGGUCUGAUGGCAACCCACUGCUCUAUGAGAACUGGUACAGGGGCCAGCCUGACAGUUACUUCCUGUCUGGAGAGGACUGUGUGGUGAUGGUAUGGCAUGAUUCUGGGCACUGGAGUGACGUGCCCUGCAACUACCACCUGGCCUACACCUGCAAGAAAGGCACCUCUUCAUGUGGCCCUCCCCCCAAAGUCCGAAACGCACUCGCGUUUGGCAAAAUUCGCCAGAGGUACGAGACGGGCGCCGUUGUGCGCUACUACUGUGCCCAGGGCUUCCAGCAGAGAAGAAACCCUCUGGUCCUGUGCCUGCCGGGUGGCAAGUGGGAGGAGCCCCAGAUCCUCUGCAUCCCUGGGGCAGGAAGCACAGCACAGACAGUAGGAGUAACAUCAAUAACCACAGGAAGCCAGGAGCUGGCUGAAGAGGAAUCACAAACAACAAAGGAAACGCUUCAAUACUGGGACAUCAAGUGGAACUUUUAAAUGUCAUAACAUGUCCCGGUACACUUCAAGAGUUUCCUUUCCUCAUUGACCAGAGAUCUGAAAUGGCCGAACAGGUAAAGGCAAUAGGGUGAUCUUGAAGGAUAGGAGACAGGGAAAGAGUACUGGGACACCCGGUCAGUCAAGCAUAACCUCUUACAUUCCUACUGUCCUCCCCAAAAAAAGCACAUCGAUCUGAAUCUGUUGUUGGGAUAGCCUGGGCUUGAAGGUCUCUUGUCGCCCUACAUAGGAUGCAAUGAAUUGCAAUAGUGUCCUAGAACGCUAUAAUACAGGACCCAGAACAUGUUCUGUGAAAAUCCUAUCACUGAGGCAUAUCUAUAAUCAGUAACUCCCUGUCCGUUCAUCCAGAUUGUAUAAUGUGUGGAUCCAAACCUUUUCUCCAAACCGGCACAUAACCCCAGGCGUGGUAGACAGGCAGUGGUAGGAUAUGCAGUAGCUCGUCUUGAGCACUGUCUAUCACAGGUGAAGUCUGGUGCCGGUUUGGUUCAGACGGUUUCUUUAAAGAUAUCACAUUGGACAAUCCAGAAGGAUGGACAAGGAGGUCUGGAUAGUAGAUGUGAAUUCAGUAAAAGGAUUACUGGAAACCUAUGGACUUCUCGCCAGAUAUGUUCCGGACUCCGUAGCUAUCUAGGAUGCCAUUGCAUUCAAUGUGCGGGGUCAUCUGUAAGCCCAGGUCUCUUGUUGGUUUUAAACAGGCCUCAGCAGGCUAAUGGUGUUCAGCGAUCUCAUCUCCGCAAUUUAUCAUGUCAGUUCUCAAUCAUUGUUUAUUGACUAUUAUUGGCAAAUCAACUUUAUAAAUCCACCCAUAAUAUUUUCAACAACAGCUGGUCUGUUUGCAAUUCCAUUCAUAUUCCAUCAGCUGAGGACUACCUGGGGUCUGUUCAGGAGGGUGCAAACGUUACAGGACGUUCAGAUAGAAAUGUAUUGUGUAGAAUAGACAUGAUUGCCCAGCCUGGCCUCAGAACCGCACAAAAUAUAAUUGUGUAGUUCUGAGCACCUCCAAGAGGUAUGAUCCCUACAGUCUAGCAAUCCAAAGGUUGCAUGUUCGAGUCGCCUCGGGGAUAUCUGUAGCAUUUUAGCUAAUCUUUCCCCUAACCCUUAUUCUAACGUUAACCCAAUUCACCUGCAAUGUAAAUUCACCUAACCUUUGUCAUUUUAGUCCUCCUAACCUUUGUAGUUAGUUCCCGUAACCGCCAACUUAAAUUGUCCCCGUAAUUGUCCUUUGUUGUUACAGUGCAACAAGCAACGUGGUCUCAGACAAAGACUUUGCAAUGCAAAAUGUCCUCCAAGACGUAUGAUACUGUACGUCCUCCAACUCGUAUGAUAUUGUAUGACCACUAUUUUAUUCAACGUAGCGUAAUGUAUCAUCCUGAUUUGAGUGUCACAGAAUUCCGUACAGAUUCACACCAAUUGCCCUGACACCACAUUGGAUUGCCUGUAGACUCGGGACUCGGGAACGACUGUAGUUCUGUUAGUAAUAUUUCUGCCUGCAAUGAUUUGAACUGUUCAUCUUAUUGAGUACACUGCAGGACAGGUGAGUCCUUGUAGGGAUGUCUGGCUGAGUGUCGACUCUGUGGUCCAACGUAACCUGUCCCACACCACUACCCCUAUGUCCUUUAUGAGUCCCCUUCAUAAAGCACAAUGGACGGCAUAGGUGUACGCAAUAUGAUGGAAACUCCACCAAACCUACCAGAGGGCUAGGUGUGGCUAUUACCACAUUGCUGAUACCAAUACAAAUAUUUCAGACGCACGAGGUGACUUAACAAAGUCUUCGGAAUGGAAGGAAUGGUUGGUUUGGAAUUGGGGCAACAACAAAAAAUCCCUGUGCUCUUAGGAACCCAUAUCAACUCGUGAACUCAGCAUUUAUGUCCAUCUCCACCAUCUCACAACCAUACGCCUUCUUAGACUUUUGUCAUCGACAGACUUUAUAUGAAACAUGGUGCUAACACCCUUGCGUAUGAUACCUGCAUGAAGUACGUUAAGAAAUGUUCAUCCUUAAGAAUCGAAAGGGCAAGGUUUGUGCAGCAGGAUGUUCGGAAAAAUAAAACAACUCCAAACAAGCUGGUUUCUAAAAGUCAAUACCAUUAUCGAAGUAGAAUUUACAUUUCUCACAGUGGUCAUAACUCUUUUGGGAUGAAAGCGGCGAGAGUGAGUGAGUAGCAUGCAAAAGAUUUGACCAUGGAUAUGAUGCCACUACUGUACUCAUCAAUGAUAUUAAUUUUGUCUCAAAGUAUGUUUUAAUUACUGUCCACUCUUCCCUCUGAUAGAUGCCCGACAUUUUACUGACACAGUUCUAUGAAAAGCUUUGUGUUGUAAUAAAGUUUUUUUAAUAGAAUAAAGCAAUGAUUUAAUGAGUAUUAACCACACAGCCAUUAUUGGAAAUUGUAUUUGUUUGUUCUUUAUUCGCUUUGGUUUUUAUAAGCAUCUUUUAGGGUAAUACUGUUCCUUUAUAAACCAAC